AUGGAUUUUGUCUCUGUCGUCGCGUCCCUGCGCGCGUUUGUGCGGCGGCUGUACAUGGUGGUGGUCAACGUCGUUAUGUCUCUGAUUACGGGCAUGUCUGAGCUGGAGCUUCUUCUCAGCCGAUAUCCUUUCUUUUCUGCGGGUCACAAACCUUCUGCCUUGACCGACAAAACUGUGCCAUGCGAGUCACCCUCAGACGGCCCGGAAACCUGCAGGCUAGCCCUCGCUCGACAGUUGGUUGAGAUAGAAGAGUUCCUCAGGACGCGUUCGUCGUCAACAGGCAUCGAGGCCGGGCUUUACAGCUCGACCCUGCCAGUGGAGGAUUUGUGUCAACUUAUCUGCGCCGAGUGCUCGGUGCGGUCGCCUGCUCAUCGCGAGCAUCUCGUGGACAUUCUGCGAAGGAUCCGACGGAAACAAGAAGCAGCAGUUUCCAUCAAGGCACGCGCGAGCGAGCACUUCGAUCCAACUUGCUCCGAGAGCCACAGACGGCUGGAGCACAUCUGGCGUUUGUUCUUCGAGAAACCUCUACCUCCUUCAUUUCACUGCUGCUCCUCGUUUGUGGGGAAACCUGAGAGAAGGCGCCAAGUGUCAAGCACGAAGUCCUCGUCUCUCCACGCCUGCUCGUCGUCAACGACUGUACUUUACUCCUCGUCCCCCAGUUGUGCGUUUCCAAGCUUCGAGACUCAUGUGCCGACCUCAGCCGCAGUCUGUUCUGGAGAAAGAGGCCUUGUGUGCUUGUCGCAAUCAGAGAACUCAGUGUCUCCUCGUGGCUCUUCUUCGGAGCCCGCGCGAGCCGCGCUGCCAGGGAAGGACUGGAAAAGUGUCAGCUCAAUGCCUUCAACAGACAAGGUCGAAAGCUCCCGUUUGUCUAGCUCUGUGGAGGCCUCCUUCGAAGGGCAGGAGUCUUCCUGGGGAGAGCUGGGCUUUCAGCAUCCGCUGCACGAUUUCCGGGGAGCAGGCUGUCUAGGGGCAGACUGUCUGCUUUUUCUUGGUCAGCGGUUUCCUGAGGUGGCACAGCGGCUUCUCCAAGACAGCCACGAUGAACAGUUUUGGAUGCCCUUCGCUGCCACAAGCAUCAAUGUCGUCGGGUGGCUUCUCGACAUGAUGGAUCGUCGUCUUCUCGACGUAUUUCUCUUUGCAUGCGAUGAGACAAGCUUCGCCGCAGACAGUGCAUUUGAAAAAGUGUCAAAGACCUCGAAGUUCUACUCGCUGACCAAGCAGUCUGACGCACAUGCAGCGAGUGAAGACCUCACGCAGGACAUGGAGAAACCAGCAGAAACAGUCGACGCCUUGGCCGUGCCCGAGGUGUUUUUUGUCCUGUAUGCCGCCGUCUUCACCAAGUUUUGCCAAUUCUGGAGGAGCAGGCAGCCCGAAAAUAUUCUGCAGUUCGGCAUGGUGUCUAUGGACUUUCGAGAGCGAUUAAAGCAAGCCUUCAAGGAGUUUGUGUCAGGCCGAGAAGGCGGAAACAUGAGCGCGUGGGAGUACUUUUUGGAGUCAGGUGUUCCUGAAAAAAGAGGCAGAAUCUACCACACUUCAGAGGAAGUGCUUCACGAUAUCAGAGCCUGUGUAGAAGACCGUCUACACGUAACGGGGAACGGCAAAGAGUCCGUCCAGUCAUCCCCUCGUAGACAGGAGGGGACAUCCCCAGUGAAUGCUAGAAGGCAAACCGAAAAUUGUCGGUUGCUUCGACUCGUGAAUGCACACAUGGAAACGUAGUUUCAUGCCAGUAGGCACGUGAGGCUCAAGCCGAUCGGUGGGGGAUCCCUUCUCCACCUUCAGGACCUGGGAGAUUUCCUCAGUCGUUUACGUGCAGAGCGAUCAAAUGUACGAAGAGUAUGAACUUUUCCAAAACACUGUAAUAACGCACGCUGCGUCUUCUGUACCUUCAGUUGCUGUGGGUGUAGUGUUGCGGCACUUUUGUGUACAUUUGAGUCUCUGCGGUCAACCAAUGAACGCUUCCGUUUUUGUAUUUUCUAAGGCGUAUGAGGCC